AUGGUCUCCCAGAACUCACAAACUCCGACAAACAGUACAAACGAGCGGAAGCCGACCAAAUGUCGCGGUUUGAUGCUGGCGCCGUAUAUCUACGAUACCGAUUCCGUCCAGCAGCAUCUGCUGUGCAGAGCCGAAGCCAACAACACUGCAUCAGAAUCAACCAAUAGAACGUCUGAAACUGCGGAAGUGUCAAACCACAGCGACCUUGAAGUUCACGAUCUGGAUGCUCUGAUGCAAGAACCUCCUUCCCCGCAAGGUCGGCUUUGA